CCAGGGAAGCUCUUCGAGGUAGCAGGUCCAUUAGGUCGAAGGCGCAGCACCGCCGUGGCAACUGCACUAUCUGAACAGCACGUAUGGCGGCGAAGCGCGAUCUAAAGACAAGCAGUUCCUUGUCAUGCGUACACCAUGCAGGCAAGACGGCCGACCAUCUUCGUUCCGGACAGCACAGCUACCGAAGAAGUACGGACUCAUCUCGGAGAGCGCUGAGGUCUCUGCAGAAAGGACGUCCACGAGGCGCGGAAGCGGUCUGUCACUGUCAGUCAACCACGCCGCAUACCACCGGAGAAGCAUCGCACGCAAUCGUCGGUAGUGCCUCGCUGCAUCGUAGUUGUGGAUGCACGCUACAUUACUACCUAGAUGAUUGAACUUCACAGUACUACGCCCACUGUCUCAGCCCACCGAA